CACGUAGCAGCUGGCGGCCAAGAUCGAGACGGCGAGAAGAAAGGGUGACGUGUUCAACGACGACCCCGGCGGAUUUUGCCGCUACCACCAGUCCGAGCUUCACACCAACGAGCAGUGUCGUUUCCAGCAGCAACUGCGGCGCGCGCGUUCGAGAGAGGGCGCCGAGGAACGCCGCUCGGGCGGCGGCAGCCGCGGUGGCGGGCGAUGGGGAGAGGCCCGGGGCACGCGCGUUCUGGCCACGGAAGAGAGCAGGCGUACGUUGUGUACUACGCCCACAAUGAUGGUGGCUACAACGAAGACUACGGCGACUACGAUGACGGCUACUACUACUACGACGGCUACUACUACGACGACGGCUACCACGACGCCGGGAUAGGAGUGACGACUGGAGUAGAGUCUGCUGCGUCUGCUUCGUCCUUGCUGAGUGUGGAAUCUAGUGGCGGACCGCCUGGUAGCGAGAGAUGGGUAGCUGAAUCAGGAGCCAGCAACACAUUUACCAACAGCAGCCUGCACAUGUACGAUCUGCAAGAGAUCCCCGCCAGUAGGAAGUAUGUCGUUGUAGUUGAUGGUCGAUUGCUCGAAGUGCAAGCCAUCGGUAGCAUCAAUCUUAGUUUCUUUCAGGAGGAUGAGAAUGGUGAAAAAACGAUGAUGUGUGUGAAGCUCACCGACGUGUCUGUAGUAGAGAGCCUGAGCUUCAACUUGUUUUCAACGAAUGCUGUUUCUCUGAAGCAAUAAAUCCUGCACGACGAGCGUGGUGCAACUCUACAAAAUGGACUGCUCUUUGCUAGAGAGGUAAAAGCGUCUGCAGCGUAUGCCAUGCGGUUGCCGUACGACCCAUCUGCGACUAUAGUAGACUCUGCUGCGUUGCCCGCAUUUGUGACUGCCCCCGAUUCC